AUGCAACUCUUCGACGUCAAUGUCGGGAAUGUGUCAUGGCCGUCUCUAUAUAACCCUAUCAUCGACCUGAUAGGUGGUGAUAAUGCUCCGCCUGUUGAGCCAGGAGGAAAGUAUCUCACCCAAGCAGAUGGUAAGUGGGCCUAUCAGUCUCACGUCCCAGCAACGCACCGACGCGGAUACCCCAGACAUAUUCCGCUUCACUCUCUACUGGACGCUCAUCUUCCAUGUGCCUUUGUACGUUCUCGUUGGGACGUAUGCCUUCUUCAACGUGUUGUUCCCGCCUGCACGAGGGCGCUUGCGUCGGUCACGAUUUCGUACAUUGGCGCGCACGGGUGUUAGUUCAGAAGGAGAAUCGGUGCCCAUGAACCCUCUGCCGAAUCUACAUCCAAAUUCUGCGUAUAUGACAGCACCGCCGGCCUCCCAUCCGAGUGCAGAGACGUUAUCAACUUCACCUAGACGAGUUGGUAAACGGCUCAACGCGGGGCGCACGCGAUUGAUGUUUGCACUGAUCAUCUUUCUCUCGUUUGUUGGUCUGGGCAUCGUCAGCGCUGUCGCUGGUGCUGCGGUGAUGGGUUUCGUGAUUGCGGGCGUAUACAAGGCGGGUGGGUUCUGGGUUUCGACAUGGGUCCCAUUUGUAUGGGCUGUUAUACAUGCCUUAGUGGGACUACUCGGGAUAUGGCCUUCUGUUAUCGAGAUCAUAUGAUGACGCUCAUUGCGAUCUUUUCUUUCCCUCGUGGAUCUUAUCCGAUACGGAUGGCGUACGUGUGCGUACGCGUGUACUUUCUUACGUUAGUUGGAGCGAUAGGUUAAGAGGUACGUUUAUAGGUGUGACGAUAAAGUUAUAAACG